GACAGGUGCCGAAGUCCAUUUUGGUGUUUAUUUCAGGCAGAUUAUCGGUUAGAAAACAGGACUGUGUGACUGAUAUUCACCAUUACAUCACUAUUGCAUCACCAGAGGGACCAGGAGUCACAGCAGGUCCUCUUAAAACCAGACGGUAUACCGUGCAGACCACCUGAAAGAGAAAACCACCUUAAACCACAGUGAAUCGAUACUGGACUCCGAACAGACACAAGAUGCGGCCAAGAUGGAUCAUAGGAUGGAGUUUAAUGAUCAUGAUGGCGGAAGCGUUGGAGCCAAUCUCGACCAGCCUGGCUGUUGGCAUUGCAGCUGCUCUAACAGGAUUUCUAGCUCGGUAUCCAAAUGUGUUGUAUUACUUUCAGGAGUGUUGCAGACCAGAGUGGAUCUCCUACAAUAAAACAGGUCUUGAAGCAGAUCUGCAGAGCAAGCUGUUCGGCCAGCAUGUAGCAUCUCGUGUUGUCCUCAAAGCUGUGUCCGGCUUCAUGAACAACGAGAACCCGAAGAAGCCCCUCGUCCUCUCGCUGCACGGCUGGACUGGCACAGGCAAAAACUUUGUCAGUCAGCUAAUCGCCAAUAACAUUUACCAGCGUGGAAUGUCGAGCGGAUUUGUGCACUUGUUUACUGCCACAGCACACUUCCAACAUGAAGCAGAGCUGGAAGUUUAUAAGUCCCAAUUGCAGCAGUGGAUUAAGGGCAACGUGUCGGCCUGCCCUCGCUCCAUGUUCGUAUUCGACGAGAUGGAUAAGAUGCACCCAGGCCUGAUUGACAGCAUCAAACCAUACUUAGAUUUUUAUGAAGUUCUAGACGGAGUCUCCUACCGCCAGGCCAUCUUUAUCUUUCUAAGUAACGCCGGCGGUGAAAACAUUGUGCAGGUGGCGCUGGAUUUUUGGAAAGAAGGAAAGGAUCGAGAAGAGAUUGAGCUGAAACAUCUGGAGGAAGCCCUAUCCCUGUCUGUGUUUAACAACAAGAACAGUGGUUUUUGGCACUCGAGUCUAAUAGAAAAGAACAUGGUGGACUACUUUGUGCCCUUCCUCCCCCUGGAGUACAAACACGUUGUGCAGUGCGGCCGAGCCGAGAUGAUCAGCAAGGGCCAUAAACCCAACGAGGAGGCUGUGGAGCAAAUGGCUCACGACAUGAGCUAUUUCCCUCGUGAAGAGCGCGUCUUUUCCGUGCAGGGGUGCAAGGUUAUCUCCAGCAGGCUGAACUUCUACAUCUAAAAAAAAAAAAAAAAAGGAGAGUCUCAAUGCUGUGUGUACUGUCCCUGAAGAGCUGUGGUGGGAUUGAUUUGGAGGAACAUUAUCUAAGCAGGAAGUCCACCUGAACACUAAUCUGAUGUCACGUAUCACAUGUAAAAGGAGCGAGCAGUUUGUUUUUUUUUUUGUUUUUUUUUUAAACUGAUUGCAAUGGUUUAUGAUAUUUCUGUUUUUAACAUGAAUCAAUGAUAAAUGAUGCAGGCUUGACUCCUUGUUUUUUUAAGGAGGAUUCAGGUCUCAUUAUUGAUCUGGUGGCAGCAUGAAUGUGUUGAAUCUUAAAUGGUCAUUUUUUAUGACCGUAUGUUGUGCAUUGUCAUGCACUAGUAAUGAACAAAAUACUUUCAAUUGGCAUCAUUUUUAUAUGUAGAGUGUAUAUAUAUAUAGAAAUGACAACAACUUAAUGUCAAAAUCCUGCAAUACCUGUCAAUAACACCAUUUUGUCAAUGUCACUAAAAACCUUUUAUAUUUUUGGCAUCGGUGUCCAGCUCAGUGGAUCGAUUAAAUAAAACAGAUUUUAUUUUUAGUUGGAAUUAAUUAGAAGCAAACCUAGUAGCUAAACCCUGUUUUCCAGACAUCACUACCGGAACUGUUUAUUUUUGCAUUGAUGUUUUAAGUACAUUUCACUUAUUAUAAUCAUGCUUAAUUUGACACACAACAACAUAGAUAGAAAAGGUAGAAAAUGGACUGAAAAUGUUCUUGCUUUUUGGGCAACAUGAUGAUUUUGAUGAUCCACACUUUCACACUGAACGUUUUGUGUUCUUUUGCAGACAUCAGAUGAACUGAUCAUUCCACUUUGAUUACUUCCACUAAACCUGAUAAACUUGAUCUUAUUCUUUA